AUGGCCGAGCCCGAGCGAGCGGUGCUGUCCAGGCUCCUCUCCUUCACCCAGCCCUCGCCGGCGCUGGAGACCGUGGGCGGCUGCCAGACCGUGGCCGAAGUGCGGGUGCUGGUGGUCAACACGGGAGGGACCAUCGGGAUGAUCCCCCGGUCGGAGGGUCUUGCUCCUGAAGCUAACAAACUAGCAGGGGCCCUGGCGAAGAUUCCAAUCCUUCACGAUGUAGCAUAUGCCAAGGAAACAAAACUGUACAGCCGCCUUGCCCUUGGAGAUGACUCUUUGGUACUUCCCCUUUCUAAGGAAAACAAAAGAAUAAUCUACACCAUCACAGAACUUUCUCCGCUGCUGGAUUCUGCAAACAUGUCACCAGCUGACUGGGGCAAGAUUGCAAAGUGCCUUGAGGCGAACUAUGAAAAGCACGAUGGCUUUGUGAUCCUUCAUGGCACGGACACAAUGGCUUAUACAGCCUCAGCGUUGUCGUUUAUGUGUGAGAAUCUGGGGAAAACCAUCGUCCUGACCGGCUCGCAGGUGCCCAUAUAUGAACUGAGGAAUGACGGCAGAUCCAACCUGCUGGGGUCCUUACUGAUUGCUGGACAGUUCGUAAUCCCUGAGGUGUGCCUGUACUUUUAUAAUAAAUUGUACAGGGGAAACCGGGUGACUAAGGUGGAUGCAGAGAGUUUCAAUGCCUUUUCCUCACCUAACCUGCCUCCACUUGCAAAUGCUGAAGUUGAUUUUACAAUUAACUGGGAAACCGUAUGGAGAUCCAAUACCACCAAGAAGUUUGAGGUCCACACCAACAUGAACAGCAAUGUUGGGAUACUGCGGAUCUUCCCAGGGAUCACCACCGCAGCGGUGAAGGCAUUUCUUCAGAGCCCAAUGGAGGGGGUUGUGCUUGAGACCUACGGAAGUGGGAACGCCCCCAAUAACCGCCCAGAUUUACUAGAGGAGCUGAAGAAGGCGACCGAUCGUGAUGUCGUGAUACUGAACUGCACCCAGUGUCUGCGAGGAGCUGUGUCUUUAGUGUAUGCCACAGGAAAGACACUCCUGGAUGUGGGAGUAAUUCCAGGAGCAGAUAUGACACCUGAAGCUGCUCUUGCAAAGCUGUCCUACGUCCUGGGCAAACCCCAACUUAACUUGGCCGAGAAGAGAAAGAUGCUGAAUGAGAAUCUAAGAGGAGAGAUAACUGUUAUACCCAUAGGAACUCGAAUCACGCUCAGAGACAGCAAAUUUAUUCAAGGGAUUGCCAAAUAUCUGUAUAUCAGCUGCAAGGAGGAGCUAGAGGCUGUUAGAGAUGCGUUGACUCCGGCUUUGGCCUGUACAGCUGCAAAAACUGGUGAUUUGGAUGCCUUGAAAGCUUUACAGAAUAUGGGUGCAAACUUGAGCUCUGGGGAUUAUGAUGGGCGUACGCCCCUUCAUGUUGCAUCCUGUGAGGGCAACCUGGAGUUAGUCACCUACCUAUUGGAGUCUGGAGCAACAGUGUAUGCGAAAGACCGAUUCGGAGCUACCCCGCUGAUGAACGCUAUCAAAUUCAGGCAUCCGGAUGUGAUUUCCUUGCUCCGCAAAACUGGGGCUCAUCUUUCCAGCCAAGAGCUUGUGAAUGUCGGAACAGAACUCUGUAGUCUUGCUUUUAAGGGAGAUAUUGAUGGGCUGAGAGCUUGGCACCUGGGUGGCGUGGACCUGAAUCAGCAGGGCUAUGAUGGGAAGAGUCCGCUUCAAGUGGUAAUGCAUCAUGUAGACAUCUAUGACAUGCUUUUAUUAGAACCGAAUACGUGA